GUGGAGUGGGGUGGGGUACUAUACUUAUACUACACAUUCUCAAUGGGCGUGUUGGCGAAAAGCAGUGCUGCGGCGGCGGCGGCAGGCGCAGGUAUGAUCGUGCUCUCACGGAACUCCUUCGGCCUAAUCAGGUCACCAGUUAGGGCUUUUGCGAGCACCACAGCGCCGGACGCCGUCGGGGCAGAUCCGGAGAAGUCAAAGCGGAGGAAGAAGAAAAACCUCUUUGAGGUGGCGCAGUUCCUGCCAAACUGGGGAUUAGGGUACAAAUUGGCCAAGUCUCACUGGAGAGACGUCUCCUACGAACUCACCAAGAUCAAUCUCUACAAGGAUGGUCGUCACGGCAAAGCGUGGGGGAUUAGGUACAAGGCCGGUUCAAAAAUUGGAGAUGCUCCGGUGAAAAUGAGUGGUGUUAAUAAACCUGGAUGGAAGUACUUGACAGAAUCUAUGAAGAACAUCAACUCUCCUUCCAUGCCUACACAAACCACCACUCCAGCAUCUGAAGAAGCUCUUCAUUAGCCUCUCUUUGUUGCUGUGUUUUUUACAUUAUAUUUAUGAGGUUUCUGUGACUUCGGUUUUUAACUUUCAAGUUGGUAAUUUCAAUAGACUUGAUCUUUAUUUAUGACUCACUUCUCAGCAUAUUUUUCCAAUUAACAAAACUGUUAUGCAUCUUGUCAAGUUCUUGUUUAGUGGAACAAAGGGGAAAGGUUUUAUUUGCAAACUAAUUUAAAGAAAGCUCAAAUCUUUAUUUAUUAUUAUUCAUGGAGGAUAGGAUAAUAUUCAACAUACACAAAGCAUAGACCAAGUCUUAAAGACAAAAGACAAGCAAGCACACAAAGACACAAUUAACUUAACGACUACAUCAUCCUCAAAACACAAAGCAAGGACACA